AUGGGGGCCACCAACAUCCAGGAUGCAAAGCUGCUGAUCCAGUCGUCACGUGUCCUCGACCGAACCACCGGCCUCAAAGACCUGAUCCACAUCCUCAAGCACCACCGCGGGAAGCCCAGCCUAGAGGCCCUCGGCAACAAGGCAUACCUGGCCCUGUGCGAGACGCUGUUCCAAUGCCUCCGCGACGAGCGCUCGCCAUAUGUCCGCAGCCGGUCCAAAGCCACCAAGACGGCCGCGCUGCUGCCCUUGUCCGCCUCGGCCUUGCGCCAUGUCGUUGCGUCGGGCGUGCGCACCAUCAAGAGCUCCACGGUAGAGUCCAUCAUAGACACCAUAAUCGAGCUGCUGCCCGCCACCGGCGGCGGCUUGGUCGAGCCGCUGCUGGAGGACCUGCCCAAGACACUGCGCUCGCUGCUCGAGUACCAGCCCCAUGUCGAGCGCCUACCCAAAGACUGCUGGGACGCCGCCGUCGACUUCUGCGCCAGCGCCCUCGCCAGCUUCUUUGCCGAGUCGCCUGAAGGGGAGCCGCCGAACAGCUGGGCGACCAACGCAUCAAGUCGCGCUCCUACGCCCCUUGAGUCUACCGACCUGUUCGCCUCGUCCAGAGCGUCGCCCCGCUUGGCCGUGUCCAGGACCAAGCCAUGCGCUGCCCAGCAUGUCUACGCAGCAGACGACUUUGUGCACUGCAUCCAUCACCUUGUCAAAGCCUCCAAUGCGCCACUGCUUGAUCGGUCGGACGCCAUCUUGGCAGCCCUCUUGCAGUACCUGCAACAAAAGACGGGGCGCGGGAGCGUUGUCGUAGCUGCGCUUGCAGCCGUGAAUUCCAUUCUUGCCCGCACUGCACUGCAGUCUCUUGAGUUGACUAAGCGAACGGUGCAACAACUACUGCCUCUGCUAAAGCCUAUGUGGUCCGAGGCACCACUGCGCGACGAAAUAUUGAUCACUCUGACUUAUACUGAAGCACACAUUGCAAGUCUCCUUACUGGUGAUGCACAUGAUGAGAGGACCAGCUCCGAUCUCGAGGCUCUUGUUGAGACAAUGUACAGCGAUUACCGACGCAGACAAGAGACUACCGCGCACCAGUAUCUUGAAGAGCAUCACCUUUGCUUCCGACACCUGGGCCCUCCCACUAACGCGACCCAUCCGCUAAACACUUUUGCCUUUUCCAUGGAGACAGAGCACCAACGCUACGAAGGGCUUUGGUCCACGGUGGCUACCAUUGCGCGAUUCUCUUUCAUGCUUGACGAGAGAAGACGGUCCGUUACCCACGAGCGCAGCGAUGAAGAGAGCCUUAGCAAACGCCUCCGCAUCACUCAAUCCUUCUCGGAAUAUCUGCGCGAUGUAUCCGAACCCAAAUCUAAUGCCAAACGAGCGGCGCUGCAGAUUGUGGCCUUUAUGGCACAACAAGGCCCCUAUAGCGAUGAAGAGCUUCAGCCCGUGUUAGAAAAGCUCACCUCAUGCAUCUCUGACGAGAAUGCCGUACACUCGGUGUGGGCAAUGAUAGGCUUGGCUGGCGCUGCUUUCCAGCAAUCAGCAUGCCAUGCAUCGCUUCUUCCGUACUGGAUUUUUGCUUGGCAAAGCGCUUCUCGAGCAGUCACUUCCAUCUCAGUUUCUCGUGCAGCAUGCCAUCUCAUGGAUGUCCUGCUUAGGCUCAAUAUCGUUCCCUUCUCAGCAGUUUCAGAAACCGCCCAAUCCAUGCUCGCAUCCAUCGAACUAAGCGGACCUGCGUCACUCACAGAGAGUAGCUCGUCACUCAUGACUACCAUUUUGCAGGAGCGUGUAAAGGAAAACCCGACCCUCUUCAGCUCGACUGCCGAGCGAAUCUUGAACUGGCUUCUCGGCAAAUGGACUCCAAGUUCAUGGUCUGAGCGAACCUAUUCUUCAUCGAAUGCUCAUCAUUGCCAUGCUCAUGAUGUACUGCGAAUCAUCUACACCUGCCUCGACCUGCAUUUUGCCCCACCAAGACCAGCUUCUUUCUUGGUGUUGGGACCUCUAGGGCACGCCAGAACCCGUGUCGCGCGCUACACAGACUUGGCUCACUAUCUUUUACUUCUCCCCGACACGGAGGAUUUUACGGUCAAGGUUGCGCCCCAGCCAACCUCUUCCCAGGAGCCGACAAAUGACCAUCACUCUACGCCCAUGCAAAACCGAAUACUGGAUUUCUGCUUGUCGGAGGUUGACAGGGCCAAGCAACGUUGGAAGGAUACCGUUACAACCAAUAUCGCAGGUAUUACUUCGGACAUGAUGCGCAUCAUUACAAACCUCUGUGUCGUCACGACGGCUGUUGCUGCUCUCAGCAGUUCUGACGACCGCCGAGUAACUGGUCUACAGUCGGCUGCCACUAGUCUCAUCGAAUCACUUGCCGUCACACUGGCCAGACCGCAGAUAGAGCAAUACAAGGUCGACGCGGUCCUCGAAGUCUGCACAAAGAGUCUCCCAGACAUCAGUUCACUCUCCAAUCGCACUGCUCGUGUUUACAAGCUAGCUGGUGUUCAUCUACUGGCCCAGCACUUGUGCAAGUCUCUCGGACAACGCAAAGAAGUGAAGCAAUCAUUCUAUGCAGAAGACGAUGAUUUCAUGGAGGUAGACGACGCUUCCAGCUCGCAGAUGACCGCAGGAGCAUCCGUUGCCGAGAGCGAUGUACCCCGACACGACAUACAAGCCGAAAACGACUUGGCAGCUUUGCGCAUGUCCGCUUCAACCUACCUUGAGUUCAUAUCCGCUACAAUGGACACUCGAGAUCAGGAAAUGAUUCCGUCGAGAUUCGUAAACUAUUUGAUGUCUCUAUCGGAGAGCGAUCUGCUUCGCUCACGUCAAUUCCUGCGCGCGCUGUGGAACAGCAACUUGUCGAUAUCGAGGAGCGAUUGCUUGGGGCUUUUAGAGCGCUUUAGUGAAGCCCUCAUUGACCCUCGCGCUCGCGAAUACAACACAUCGGAAGUCGCUAACAGCAUGCUUGUGGAGGUCCUGAUUGGCACAACGCUUGUGUGGGGACCUGAUGCAACUGACCGGGAGGCUCAGGAUCUCUACGAGAACAUUGAGGCGUUGUAUAUGUAUUAUGUCAAGGAAAUGGAAAAGGGAGGCGUAAGACGUUCAGCAGGUCUGCAAAAAACUAUUGCCAUCUUUCUUCAUGGCCUCCUCAAGCAUCAUCCCGACUUCGCACAAAACCGCAAGGUUCCCUCCGUACGAACGAGUCUGUUUGAGCUGCUGGCAGGUGGCGAGAUGACCGUCAAGUAUCACAUUGCCCAGCAGUUGCCGCGAAUGUUUGAAGACUUUGUCCUAUCUGAGCACGACAAGAUACUGCAGGAUGUCGACAGUAGCCUUCCCGGUGAUGACGAGGGUGUUGAGGGAAUCGCCGUCCGACUACUUGUUCUUUCGCGAUUAGCAUCUCAAUGGCACACAUUAUUACGUCACAGCGUUUACCGCAUCUUUGCAACAGCAGGCACUAUACAUGAGGCUGCUCUUCAUGCCAAACGUUGUAUUUCCAGGGUUGCGCAGUCCAGGUGUCUCGGUGACUCCAAGAGCCUCUUUCGACUCUUCGCCCCGCAGGUCAUUUUUACAUGGUUAGAUCGAGGCCAGAACAUCAGCGCUAUACCUUUCCUAAUCUUCGACUACCCUUCCCUCCCCGAUCUGCUGCGCGAUAUUGAAGCAGAGGUCGUAGGCCAAGCAAUCAUGUUUGGUCGCAAGGAUGAGGUCGAGUACCUUGCCAGCCAGCUUGGAUGCUCAGCACAGCACCUACUGGCGACGAACAUUGGCAAGGCAGCCGCAUACACAAUAGCAUGGGAUACAUGCAGAGGCUCGGCGCGUAAUAAGGCAGAUUCAAGCUUCGGUAACUUGCUCAAAGAUAUGGUUGGCAGCGACAAGUACUACAGCUUGAUACAAAGGCACUUUCCCCAAGUGCUCGGCCACAUGUUCCAGACCAUUGACCAUGAAGAGCGUCUAGGUAAAUCCUUGGACAAGAAACCAGCCUUCAAUCCGGCAGCUGCAGUCCUAGCUGAGAUUACCAGUAUCAGUCAAUCUGCGCAAGGCCUAAACAUGGGUAUUGAGCCCUCUUUCUCCGCCUUCUACCUACCGGACCAGCUAGAACGCUUGUGUAGACGGACGGGUGACCGACCCGCGGGCUUCUGGUCUUCAAGCACAUACACGUUCGUGCUACGCUCUCUCCUUGAUCGCAUCCAUCCCGCACUUGGCUCUCUCUACGCAAGAUCAGUGAUUCGCAAGAUCCGAAUCAUUGUUGCGCUGGCCGGACCCGUUGCCCACGAGGGUUAUCCAUUACAAAUGACUCUUCAAUCCUUGCGUCCUUUCCUAACCGACGUGCAGUGCGCCGAGGAUACAGUGGGAAUCAUGCAGUAUCUGUUCGAGCACGGUGCUGAGUAUCUCCGCCACCAGCUCAGUUUCGUGACGGGCAUUGGUCUCUCUAUCCUCAUCUCUCUUCGGGUAUUCUUGGGCUCCUCGCAAGACAGUACCACUCAGCAAUCACAGCAUAUAGCGACCAUGAACGCCGCUACCCGGUUUCAUACUUGGCUCACUGAGUAUCUAAAAGCCCAUGCCCAAGCUAUCGCUACUGUCGAGCGAUCCUCGGCCGUCAAAGCGUUCAGGCUGAUUACGACUGCUGCGUCGCAAGUCAAUGCAGAAGGCAACUCAUACCGCGGCAGUGACGAAAGCAAACUUUUGCUAGAGAUACUAGACGAUGUUCGCUCCGGACGCAGACUAUUGAACAAAACCUCACGAGACGUUGCGCUAGACUUACUCUGCCAAAAUUUCCAGCCAGCUCCUACGGCGCGAGAUGACAUUCUCGGCUUGGACCGCGAUGCCGCAGAGUAUGCGCCCCUAGUCUGGGAGUCGUGUCGACGACCCAAAGUGGGUGAGGGCUAUCUGUUAUGGACAGCACGCGUCCUAGGUCGGGCAUAUAGCGCUUUUGGAGAAGUCAAACAAAGCUCCGCUAGAGCUUGUCCUUGGUCAUCUUCCAGCGAAAACUCAAAGUCGGUCCUGGGGAAGUCGUCCAGAGAGGCAAUCGUCCGAGAAGUCAUUGAUCUGUUCUACAGCGACGAUCGGACCGAGGUCAGUCUUGCUGAGAAUGCCGUGCGACACCUAAUCUCUCGUCUUGUUCCAGACUCGCAGUACAUGGACGAAAUGCAACGCGUCAUUCCAGAGGCAAUCGCCAAAGCUCUCAUGUACAAACCUCCGGAGCCCGACGGCCCGUUGCAACCCUUGAUGGACAGCCUUCAGCAGGCAGUCGCACCCGCGCUACUGAAGCCGACGACUCCUUGGGUAAGAGACCUGACUGUUGCACUUUGCAAAGUCGCAACUGAACACCCUAUACUCGAUGCGCUGCCUGGUCUCCUUACUGGUAUAAAUCACAUGGCUGAGAAGCUCUUACCAUACAUCCUUCACUUGGUGCUUCUGGAUGAGUAUGAAGAAGACCAAACUGUCCGCGAAAUGGUUUCCAAAGCCGUUGCCGUUUGGUUUCGCGAUUGCAACGCCACUACGAUACCGCAUGUCCGCAUUAUUGUGCAAUGCAUUCUCUACCUUCGCAGUCAGCCAAUCCCGAAAGAGGCUACUCGCGUAGACCGAGACAGGUGGCUAGAGGUCGAUUUUUUGCAAGCUUCGCACGCUGCCAAUGCAUGCGCCAUGUAUAGAAGUGCACUACUGUUUGCAGAAACAUCGUCUGGCCAACCGGUCGUCAAAAGCAGCACGAGGAGAUCGUCCGUCUUGGUCGAGCCGCCCAAGAUACCGCUGCAGCUUCAGCUUUCAAUCUACAAAAAUCUGGAUGAGCCUGAUUCGUUUUACGGUGUCGACCGAGGCUCGAGUCUUUUGUCGGUCCUUGAUCGUCUUGACUACGAGGGCGAUGGUGUCAAGAGCCUUCUCUUCCGGGGAGCCCGCCUCGACAGCCAAAUGCGCCGGCGGAACGAAUACGAAGCCAAUGAUUCCCGUGGCACCAUCAAGUCGCUGAUCAUGCUUAAUAUGAAUAGCGUUACCCACUCGUUGCUCCUGAACGACCAGUUCCACGAUGCGGGAGAUGAUGUAGUUGAAAGCACACUUCACACGGCACGAAAGCUAGGCCAAUGGGACAUCAAGGCUCCUGAGUUCAAUCACUCAGAAGCCAGCACGCUGUUCAAGGCAUUUCAAGGAAUGCAUUGUGCGAAAAGCGUAAAGGAGGCUCAAGAAAACUUCAAUCACCAACUACAAACUACAAUGAGCUUUCUUUCAGGGAAAGAGAGAUCAUCCGUGCCAACCAAGGUCCGCCUGCGCACCUUGGGAGCACUGACCGAAGCGGAAGAGGUCAUCAAGGCCGAACGCUCUGAGCAUCUACUGGAUAUCUGGGACCGGAUGAAGACUCGCGAAAAGUGGAUGCGAGCGGGCGAAUUUAGCGACGUUCGCUUGCUGUUAUCUUGCCGCGAGACAUUAUUUAGCGUGCUCAGCUCCAAUGCUGCUCUCGUUCACUCGUUGCAUACGAGGGCUGCAACGAUACGCGGUAUGGAGGCUGAAGCCUUGGUUUCAUCCUCCAGCGUGUGUAGAAAGCAUGGCGCACUGCAGGAGUCUCUCGCAAGUGCUACUUAUCUUUCCGACAUUGUAUCGGAGUGCAGGGCUAUAGGUCUAGACAUUGAGGCUACCGCUCAGCACGAGGUAGCCAACGUGCUUUGGGAACAGGGCGAAACCGAGAUUUCAAUACGGAUGCGUCAACAUCUCAUUGAUCACGCCGACUUUGAUUCCCAGAACGUCGACCUAAGCCUACCGGUGCUGCUCGCUCGACUGGGUCAUCAUCUCGCCGAAGCCCGCCUGGCGAAACCCGACACAAUCAUGGAUGAGUACCUGGAGCCAGCAAUCCGAGAGCUCAAAGGCCAAAAGCAAGGCCUGGGUCCAGGUCAAGUAUUCCAUGAGUUUGCGCUGUUUUGUGACAAACAACUCCUCAGUCCGGAAGCGGCCGAAGACAUGGCCCGUAUCAAGACGGUGAUGGACCGAAAGCUACAGGAAUACCACGACUUCACUAAGCUUUCCAAAACCGACAAGAGCAGGGGAAUGCGAGAGACGUAUCAUCGCAAUGCCCGUCGCGCAAAAACGUGGUAUGAUUUGGACAACGCCGAGUAUGAGAGAAUGCGCAAAGGCCGCGAGCAGUUCCUCCGGCAAUGCCUGGAGAACUAUCUUCUGUCACUUUCGGCGUGCGACGAGUACAACAACGAUGCGCUUCGUGUGUUCGCGCUGUGGCUGGAGUACUGCGAUACGCCGUUGGCGAACCAAGCGGUGAAGUCAUAUCUCAAGGAUGUACCCAGCGGGAAAUUUGCGCUUUUGAUGAACCAACUGUCAUCACGGCUGCAAGCAGAAGACAGCGACUUCCAGCACCUCUUGAUGGAGCUCGUGUUUCGUAUCUGCGUCGAGCAUCCCUACCAUGGCAUGCACCAGAUCUUUGCGAUGCAAAUGAAAGUCGGCGCCAUGACCAGGGAGGAUGUUGUGCGUGCCAAAGAUGAAUCGGCAAAGUCGCGCCAGAAAGCUGCGUGUGGCCUGGCGACAGCGCUGAGCAGCGACAAGAGAGCACGGCCGUACUGGAGCUCCAUCUCGCAGUCCAACGACAUAUAUCACCACCUCGCCAUGUUCAAGGGUGAGAAGGAGAGCACUCAACAAGGCCGCGAGCUGCAGCUCGACCGGUACAAGGAGUCCAAGGACCUGGUCAGCAAGAUACCGAGAUUAAACGUACCGCCCGCUACGCUGCAGAUUGAGGUGCGGCCAAACAUGAACUACAGCGACCUGCCGAGGAUUGCAGGCUUCAAGUCGACAAUGAGCAUCGCGAACGGGCUCAGUGCGCCCAAGAUCAUCACGGCCAAGGGCACCGACGGAAGGCCAUACAAGCAACUAUUCAAAUCGGGAAACGAUGACCUACGUCAGGACGCCAUCAUGGAGCAGGUGUUUGACCAAGUUUCACGGUUACUGAAGAAGCACACGGCGACGCGCAUCCGCAAUCUCGGCAUCCGCACGUACAAGGUGCUGCCGCUCUCUACGCGCUCUGGGCUGAUGGAGUUUGUGCAAAACACUGUUCCUUUGCAUCUGUGGGUCAUGCCAGCCCAUGAGAAGUACUACCCGAGCGACUACAAGCCCGACAGGUGCCGGAAAGAGAUUGGCGCGUGCCAGCAAGAUUCGCUCACGACACGCGUCAAGGUGUGGCAGAAGAUUGCGGAAAACUUCCACCCGGUGAUGCGCUACUUCCUGCUGGAGCGCUUCGAGGAUCCCGACGAAUGGUUUGAGCGUCGGCUGGCGUACACGCGCUCGACGGCUGCCAUCUCCAUCCUGGGGCACGUGCUUGGUCUGGGUGAUCGGCAUUGUCACAACAUCCUGCUCGACGAAAAGAGUGGCGAGGUGGUGCACAUUGAUCUUGGGGUGAGCUUUGAGGCGGGUCGUGUGCUGCCGGUGCCAGAGGUCGUGCCCUUUCGACUGACGCGUGACUUGGUGGAUGGCAUGGGCUACACCAAGACGGAAGGCGUGUUCCGACGCUGCUGCGAGUUCACCAUGGACACGCUGCGCGAGGAGAGGGAGAGCAUCAUGACUCUGCUCAAUGUGUUGCGCUACGAUCCCUUGGUCAACUGGAGCGUCACGCCGACCAAAGCAAAACGCAUGCAGGAAGCCAACCAGGAAACGGGCGCAAACGGUACCGGGCGCUCAGCCAGUGUGGCGCCUGGGGGUACACCUGCCGCUUUGGGCCAAGCGGGCGUCGACGAGGUAGCGGGCGCGGUGCACGAGAGCAACAAGAAACGAGCAAAGGAGGAGCAGGCCGGUGAGGCGGGUCGAGCGCUUAGUGUGGUGGAGAAGAAGCUGAGCAAGACGCUGAGCACACAGGCGACGGUCAACGAACUGAUCCAGCAAGCCACGGACCAAGGCAACCUGGCGGUGCUAUACAUGGGGUGGGCAAGCUAUGCAUAG